AUGAAAAACAUCAAUCCAUUUCUAAUUUUAACUGUCUUUAUUUUUAUCAUUCGGUUGAGCGAUGCUAAACCUACUGGCGAUAAAUUCUACAUGGAUAAAAUGUGUGGAAAUGAAUCAAUUAUUCUUGAUGGUGAUUCUAAACCUGGUACAUCGUUUCAAUUAACAAGCAAUAGUAAAUAUCAGCCGAAUUUUCAUUGUACUAUCAAAUUUCGUACAGCACAAGCAACACAACGAUUUGUUGUUACGGUAGAAAAAAUGCAUACUGUUAAUUGUCCACAUGAUUUAUUACAAAUCUAUGAUGGUUCAACAUUACUUAAUAAAGAUAUUAAACAACAAUGUGGUACACCUUCUUCAUUCAGUUUUACUACUACAACAGGACAAGUAACAUUUACAUUUAUAAGUGGUGCAGGAACUAAAUCUUCGGGUUUUCAAAUAGCUAUUGCACUUCAUUUUCCAGCGGUCGCUGCAUGUCCUCAACAUCUUGGCUUUUUUCUAUGUAGCAAUAAGAAUUGUAUUUCAAAAAAACUUCAGUGUGAUACACAUAAUCAUUGUGGUGAUUUUACAGAUGAAAUAUCAUGCAGUAUAGUUGGUAAAAAAUAA